ACAAUAUCAGCAUUUCCACCGCUGAAAAAUCUUGGGAUAACUUGACUUUUAUAACUUGUUCCCCGUCAACACUCAAGGUUCAGAUCUGAUACUUCCAUAACAGUUGGCACAAGUCAGCUGCCAAUGAACGAAUCAACGCUACAGUAUCGGCUGAAUUCCAAAGCCGAGGGAGAUAUCCCUACGUCCGACGGGAAAUUGUGCGACAAGUGUCUUGCAAUGUCUUAGAAUCCAGAUGACUACGGGGACGAUUCAGGUCGAAAUGGACUUGAACGGUCGAAGCUUGAAAAUGAUUGCGUGUUUGAACUUGGGUUAUUGGCCAAAGCUACUCGAUACAUAUGUCAGAUUCUACGCUCUGAGGAAGAGGAGGCAUUAGGAGAAGGCUGGACUGCAUUGGUACAACGAUACUCUCGGAUGCAUCUAUCAUUUUCCAGUGACAGACUUGCAGCUAUUCAAGGAAUCGCAGGUCUUUUGUCAAAGCGCCAUGGGGUCGACUGUUUUGCCAGUGUUUUCCGAUCGCAGUGUGCUGAACACUUGCUUUGGAGGUCAGAAGACCCGCAGAGCUCACCAGAUACUAGUGACAACUUCCCCACCUGGUCUUGGGUGUCGUCAAAGGGUGCGAUUGACUUCAUGACAGUCGCCUUGGGAGCCUGGGGCUCUUGGAUGGAGAACCUUGAGCCGUUCCCAUCAAGUUGGCAAGAAAAAGGUCUUGCUCGCAUAGCGAACAAGAAACUCUGUUUCUUAGCCCCACUGCUGCGGCUUGAUAUGCUGGGCCCUGAGGAUGCAGACUCAGAAGAUACAGAGCCAAGGCCGGGGCUUCAUUGCAUUUUACUAGGACCUGGGAGUCCUGUUGAGCUACGACGGACUUGUAAUCUUUUUCUGGAUAGUUUGGCGUCAUCUGCCUCUUUGAAGAGACGUGCGUUCCUGCUAUUCCUACGCUGUCGGUUUUAUGACACAACACCGCACGAAGGACUUGUUGUACAGAUGGUUGAGGGGGAUUGCAAAAGGAGUCUCCAAGUUGUCGAGAAAUCAUAUCAGAGGGUCGGAUACUUCUGCAUAGAUCAAGUGGGGCACCGUCUUGACAAAGCACCAGACUUGAAGGAAUGGGUGGCGAAGGUUGUCUUGGUUUAGUGAUUAUAUCAAGAUUAUUGGAGUAAUUCCGAAAGACACCGACUGCAGAUCUCUACCAGUGUUCAUACCUCAACUUGCUCAAUCGAGCUUUUGUCUUAGAUAGCCAUAAAAUAAAGCAAGUUGAGGCAUGUAAAUGGUAUUGGAGAUUGGUAAAGGUGGUGACUAGUCGCGAAGGAAAGGAUGGUAACAUUCUAUGUUAGACAGUAAGGCUUCUACGAUUCUCAGACCCAAGAUUCAAGAGGGACCAACAGUACAUCGUCAGCCAGAUGCGAUACCACAUCGCUUGAUUGGUGUAGCACAAGGAUCCAAAAUAAGUAGAUAGUGCAAGAAUCCAUACCCCGGGCAUUCGGUAAUAGUGAGUUCAUUGCGACCACUCCGCCAUGCCCUUCUCGUUAGGACUGG